CUGCUCAAAUGAUGGACAUUGCAUUAAUUUGGAUGGAGAUUUCUCCUGUGUUUGUCAGAAUGGAUUUUACGGAAAACGAUGUGAACAAGAAUCUUGCGAUAUGCAUGCCUGUUACAACAAUGGUACAUGUUUUUCAUUUGGAGUGACUGCAGUAUGUGCCUGUACAGCAGGUUUUGCAGGAGAAAAUUGUUCACAAGAUGUAGACGAAUGCAACUACUCCCCAUGUCCUCAAAACACAGUAUGCAAUAAUACCUUUGGUGGUUAUGAGUGUGUGUUGUGUGCUUCGCCAGGCAACUGUACCACAGACUAUAGUACAUGUAACGAGUUGCCUUGCCAAAAUGAAGGUCUUUGUAUCGCUGAAAAUUCCCCAUAUUCCUGUCUGUGUAAAAAUGGUUGGACAGGAAAGAUGUGCGAAACAGCGAUUGAUGGUUGUAGUAAUGUAACAUGCCACAAUAGCGGUGUCUGCGUCUCCAAAUUUGGGAAGAUUUACUGUGCGUGUCCUCGAGGAUAUCGUGGUGAAUCCUGUGAACUAGAUGUUGACGAGUGCGGCUUAUCUCCAUGUUGGAACAAUGGAACAUGCAUCAACGUUCCAGGGGAGUUUCAUUGUAACUGUUCCGAAAGUUUUGAAGGAGAUCAAUGUGAAAAUGGUCAAAACGCUUGUUCUUUCAAGCCAUGUUUGAAUGGCAAUUGCACUCUAGUCCCAGGAUCUUUUGUUUGCCAAUGUGAAACUGGAUGGACAGGACCAAGUUGUGAUCAAGAUAUGGAUGAAUGCGAACAGAAUAUAUGUGGAUUGAAUGGAACUUGUUCAAAUACUAAUGGUUCAUAUAUCUGUUAUUGUGAUGAUGGAGUAACUGGACGAAAUUGUAAUCAAGAUUUUGAUGAAUGUGAAAACGACCCAUGCCAACAUGGAGGUUAUUGUAUAAACUUGGUCGGAGGGUAUGAAUGUGUUUGUGCUUCUGGGUACAACGGAACGGAUUGUGAACUGGAUAUUGAUGAAUGUUUAGAGGAGACUUGCGAUAAUGGAGGGAGUUGUAUUAAUGUACCUGGUGCAUUCUUUUGUUCAUGUGGAGCAGGCUGGAAAGGAAAUAGAUGCCAAACAGAUAUAAAUGAGUGCGUUGAUAGUGGAUGUGCUAACAAUGGAACAUGUAUCAACACUAAUGGCUCUUUUGAAUGCCAUUGCUCUAAUUACUUCAAGGGAGAAUAUUGUGAAGAAGAUGUAAAUGAAUGUGUUGAGAAUCCAGGAAUCUGUCUAAACGGAGGAAGAUGUGAGAAUUUAUGUGGACUUUAUAAAUGCCAUUGUCCAGAGGGUCACCAGGGGACCCACUGUGACGGAGAUAUUGAUGAAUGUAUAGAAUUCCGGCCCUGUAAGAAUGGAGGGAGCUGUACAAACACAAAGGGAUCAUUUUAUUGUAAUUGUACAUCUAACUGGACAGGAGCUGUAUGUACUGAGGAUGUAGACGAAUGUCGUCAACAUCCAGAAAACCCUGUAUGUAACAAUGGUGAUUGUUACAAUUUUGAUGGCGGGUUUAGCUGUGUUUGCCAAACAGGGUACACUGGACCACGCUGUGAUACAGAUAUCAAUGAGUGCCUGCUUGAUCCGUGCAAAAACAAUGGCUCUUGUGUUAAUAUCCCAGGCUCGUUUUAUUGUAAUUGUUCGAAUGAUUGGGAUGGACCGCUAUGUGAGAUUGAUCUUUGUAAAACAAACGCCACAAAGUUAGUCUUCAUGGUAGACUCUUCCUAUAGUUCUUCGUGGAAAACGUUCAGAAAACAGUUGCAGUACAUUACGGACGUUGUUUCACGAAUCACCAUUUCUGAAAGUAAAUUUUUAGUAGCGGUGAUCUCAUAUGGAACAGAGGCGAGGGUAGACAUUAAUUUCAACUCUUACGAAAACAAAACGGAACUUCUUAGUUUGAUUCAAAACAUCACUUUUGUCAACGGAACAACUAACAUACCAUCGGCCUGUAUCGAGGUCAAAAGGAUACUACAAUUAACACCCAAUGAUUUUCAGUUUGUAUUUCUCUUCACCGAUGGCAUGCCUACAAGUCUGAGUGCUGCAGUAGGUUCCAUUGUCGAUUUGAGAGGUUUCUUGAAAUUAUCAAAUGAGUGGAAUGACGUUUUCUUGGUGGCAUUUGGUGAUGACGUCAGACAUGAGGGAUUUAGGCAGUUGUCCGGGGAUCACCGAUUCGGUGAUGUGUAUCCCAGCAUUAAUAUGGAACCGCUGCAUCAAGUCUUCAAGAAAACGGUAAACAUACGAUGUUCAGCGUGUAAGGUAAGACGGGAUAGUGAUAUAGUGUUUGCUCUCGACACAUCAACCAUACAGUCACAGACUACUUUCAAAGCAAGUCUGGGUAUCUUCGUACAACUUAUGCAAUCCAUGGAUGAAUUUGUUUUCUUAGGAUCUGAGUACGUGCAAAUAGGUACCGUUCACUACUCCGAUACCGCAUUAUCAUUUUUGCCGUUGAAUUUUACGACCGAUUUAGAUACAUUUGCAAGUACUUUUCAAGCCUCAAAACAAGACAACCAUAACAGCUCGUCAGAUCUAGCAAAUGCUCUUCGAUUCAUUUGGCAAGAAAUGUUCUCGGACAGACAGGGGGCUAGAUACAGCGCUUUGAAGUACGUUGUUUUCGUCAAUAAUGGAUUCGAUAUUAAUAUGACAGAGACUUAUAAUUUAGUAGAAGAAAUGACAAAGGAUGGAAUUGCCUUAAUCUCCAUAGGCGUAGGGAAGAAUUACCUGGACGGGCAGGUGUUAAAUACAGCUUCUAGUCCUUUCCAUGCUUAUUUUUCGGAACAGGAUCAAUCAACAAAUCAGUGGACUUUGCAGGAUACCGAGUUCGAAUUCAUCAAAAGACUAAUUAACAGUAGGCUGGAAUGCACAAACAGGGUGAAUGCUUAAAAUACUAUUCUAAAAUUCUUAUUGCCAGAAUUUUUGUGCUUGGCAAAAUGUCUAUCGAGACAUCCAUCUUAGAGCCAGUGACGCGGACAUUGAUUUGAAUUAUAUUAAUAAUAUUUUAACUCGAUAAUAUAAAUUUAUUUAUUAUAU